CCAUUGUUUCCUAUAGUAACCUUGGCUGUUGUCCCUGUUGUUCCCCUGAAUGAGCAUAUAUAAUUCCCCUUCUCCCCUUCUUUCUUCCAUUUUCUGUACUAUAUUAUCGACUCCAUCCAUAGAAUAUUGACAAUAUUGACCAUAUUUGCCUGUUUCAUCAAAAUUAAACCAGAUACACCCUUUGAAGCCGUUUGAAUAACUGGAUUCUUAUCGACUGUGCUUCGACUCGGUCGCUAGGCUACCAACCCGACCGAGACAGCAGUCAUAAACCAGAGCCAUGUUCACUCGCCGACCGAGUCAGUCAAAAACAGAAAGCUUCUCAAAGAAAGCCGGUCGAUCGAAGGGCUCGUUUCGAGAACAUGCUGUUUCGAAAACUCGCCAUGAGAAGUCGAGAAGGCCUGCUCCAGAAGAGAGAGAAAACCCACGCCUUUCAAGCACAAUAACCUCCCCGAUAAUCACGUUGAUCGUGGGUCGAGAGCAACGGAUUUUUGCUGCUCACGAAGAUGUCUUGAGCCUGUCGCCUUUCUUUCAACAAGCCUGCCGAGGCCAGUUCAUGGAGGCUCAAAGCAAACGAAUUACAUUACCCGAUGAAGAACCCGAGAUUUUCUCGUCGGUUCUCGAAUAUCUAUACAAAGGGGAUUACUAUCCCCGCCUUGCGUUCAACAAACGCAGGAAUACCUGGGAGCUCGAGCAAAGCCAAGAGGCUGGAGCACCAGCGAUGGAAUCAACAGUGUACCACCAUGGAAUAGAAGGUGAAGUUUUGAAGGAUACCGUUAUAUACUGCACGGCAGAGAAGUAUGGACUUGAAGAGUUGAAGAAGGUAGCUUUGCGCAAGCAAGGCCUCCAGUCUGGCAUUCAGUGCAGCACCAUCCUCGCAUCGGCACGUUAUGCCUAUGCCAAUACCCCGGAUACGGAUUCAAAGCUACGAGCCCAUUAUCUGGCAUUAAUUAUUAGAAGCCGUGGGACGUUCAAGCGAAGUGGAACAAUGCAACUAGAGAUGCAUUCGGGUGGAAGCCAACUGUUUUUUGAUCUCUUCGUCGCUCUUUGCAACCACGUCGACGACAUUGCCAGCGCUGCGAACUCGCCACGCAGUGUUCGACACAUGUAGACAACGUCUUUGGGGCGUUACGGAUCUCUUCAUUUCUCGACUUUCAUUAACCGAUUUUGUGACAAAAAGUGUGUCUUGAUAGUUUUAUGGGGCGUUUUGGGAAAGUGUACAAAUACUCUUCUUAGUUGCUUGAGGCUUGGUGCCUCGCGAUACCUAUGACCGUUUGUUUUGUUGGUUAGUUGCAGCUGAAGGGACCAUCUCCUGUUUUGAGUAUGGGACAAUCCAAAUUGAAUGUAUUAUUUAUGACUCAACAUUCGGAAACGUUAAGAGUCGGCCAUGAGGACUGAACCCUUGGGCAUAGAUAGAUACACAGUCGUUGUUUACUGAG